CAGGACUGGGGGAGGAGCUCUCCAAACACUGAAGGUCUCUUUGGUUACUGUGUAUAAACAUGUGAGCCUGGGACAGGCCUAACCCGGAAACACUCUGCAUGACCCCCUGGACCCUGGCUGGGACUGGGCUCACUGAUCAAUAGAUGCUGCUACAGACAGGCAGCACUGUGCCAUCAUCAGGUAAUGAGAGCUGCUGCAGGUGUAUGGAUAUUGGAGAUUAUUACAUUACAUGGAUGAAUGCAGGCAGAUACAGGAUAUAUUGCUAUAUUGUAACCUUUCUCAGCCCUCUGACACCCAAAAGGCUUGCAAUAAAUGCUAGGACAGUGAUUUUCAAUAAAAUAGACUACAGAAAAAAAAAGUAGAUCAUCAGCUGUUUUAAAACUACAACUCCCAUUAUGCUUUGCCAUCCUUAGCCUGGCAAGACAUUGUAGGAGUUGUAGUUUUUUGACAGCUGGGGUUCUGCCUUUUUCCAGCUUCAGCAAUAAAAAGCACUUGUUACAUUGUAGAAUACAGUAAAAUGCUGCUGUAUUUUUGCUGUUACAUAGUUUUACCUUUGUCACGUGUGCAGCUUGUCAGCUUUCCAUAGAAAACGUGUUGGCUUUGUUUCAGUUCUAGAACUGUCAUCAUGGGUAGCAAAAUCUACUUGUGACAGAUGAUGUAUCAUUACUAAGUGAUCAUAUAUUGUAGGGGGGCCUAAAAGGUAGAUUCACAGAUGUUGUAGAACUACAACCCCCAUGAUGCUUUGCAUGCCUUUAGAAUGACAGAGCAUCAUGGAAGCUGUAGUUUUAAAGCAUCUGGGUAUCUACCUUUUGGGCACCCUUUAUAUAUUGGUAGAUGUCAGUAUGCUGGGUCUGUUUACUUAAACAAAUGAGAAUAAUGUGAAUUGACAUUUAAAAUAUUUUUUUUUUUGCCCAAGAUAAGAACUAUUCAAAAUGUAUACACAAAGACUGUGAAUAAAGUCACGCAAUUCGAUGGUGUUUUAACAAAAUGACUUUUUCCUAAUUAAAUUUGAAUGAAAAAAAAAAAAACCCAGAGGAAUCAUUAGCUGGUCUGAAAUAAUUCUCUAACUCCGCUGUAGUCACAACAUCGCUAUUUUUUGUUCCCUCUGUUUUGCCAUUCUGAUUUAAUUUUAUGAACAUUCAGUUAAGUAAAUAACCCUGACAUAAUCCUAAAUACUGUUUGAAAUUUUCAGUACCCCAAAUCACGCUGGUGACAUUCAGAGCCAAUGUCCUUGUUUAACCCCUUAAGGACACAUGACAUGUGUGACAUGUCAUUAUUCCCUUUUAUUCCAGAAGUUUGGUCCUUAAGGGGUUAAUGUUCUCUAUAUGUUGCUUGGCAUGCUGAUGGUUCGUGGGUUAAAAAGAAAUGUGUCUCUCAGUUGACAGAAAUACUUCAGUUCUGCCAUGUGCAUUUUUUUCCUGAUGCCUCUGUCAUUUAAGUCAUGCAUAUGAUCAGCCCUGAUUGUGCUAUUAACCAUAAGGUCUCUGCUCAGAUAAUUCCAGACUGGAGUAUGAAUGUUUACAUAUUACACAGGUAAAUCAAUCACCCCUUGUUUCUCUUUCCUGGGUAGCUGCCAUGGAACACUACAAUAUCCUGAAAGUCAUUGGAGAGGGCUCUUUUGGGAGAGCACUUUUAGUUUGUCUUCAGAAUAGCAAUCAGAAAUAUGUGAUGAAAGAGAUACGACUACCGAAGGUAAGCCUAAAUCUGAAUUAAGAAUAUGCUCACAGUGUAGGAAAUUAUUAUAUUCUUUACAAAAUUAUUUAUCCAACGUUAACAUAAUAUAAUCAAUGGAUUGAUUGACUGUCCUCUCAGUAUACAAUUCAGGAGGGUAAGGUAAAUAUUCCAUUAAAUAUAACUAUAUGGCCAUACAGUGGGCAAAGUUUGGUAAACCCUCUAACUACUAUCCAGUAAAGCGGCCCGAUCCUCGUUUCCUACAGAGCACCGCAAAUAUGGAACAACCUCCCGCACACUUUCAAAUCUUCCCCAAGCCUAAAGUCCUUUAAGAGAUCCCUCUCUACAUAUCUCAAAACAGAAUGCACGUGUUAUGGUUGAUUAUAUAUUUCCUACCUGUUAUAUGUUAAAUUUUGUAUAUAUUGUGUAUUAAUAUUGUUUUUGUAUUUUGUUGUACCUAAUGUAACAAUGCAAUGAUUUGUGGACCCAGGAUGUACUUGAAAACAAGAGAAAUCUCAAUGUAUUGUUCCCGGUAAAAUAUUUUAUAAAUAAAUAAUAUCUCCAGUGAUGAGACCUUGUUGAACAAGAAAAUACCACUACUAAAUUUUGUACACACAUUUACAUGUAUUGUAAAUAGGAGUCCAGUUUCCCAUGGUUUAGUUUUAAGUGAAAUUUAAGUCAGGCAUUCCAAUUAAAUUUCAAACUAUAGGUCGAAGUGACAAAGGCGUAUAGAAACGCGCGUCGAGCUUUCUAUGUCGAUGCAUAUAUGUUGUUAGACUUUACUUUCUACUUUUGUUUUAACUCUACCUGGGCCAUAACGAUGUCUUUAUUUUAAGUAAUAAUUUUUGUGUCUUUACCUCCACUUUACUCUCUAGGGACAUGAUGAGGCUGCCUUGAAGCAGCAGUUAGUUUUGACGGUGUUGCCUUCGGGCAAGAGAGCUAGUUUAGGGCAUACUAGGGUGUUGCUUAUCCAUGUGAUUACCUGCUGAGAUACCCUUCUCCCUACGUUGCUCCACAGAUACUUCCCCCAUAUAUCUUGGGACUGGGUGAUUCCUGACCUAGCACAGUUGCUAUUUAAGACAUGUGUAUACAUUAGUUCCAUUUUACAGUAUUCAAUAGACCAGGGGAUUUCUUGGUUUCUUGGUAUCUGUUUUGAGCUGGCUGUACUAAGUGAGGGGAGUUAGGGGAAUUUUCUCUUUUUUUUUAUUUUAUUUUUUUAACCUAACGGGUAUUGCUUCACAGCACACCUAGCCACUAACAGCUUUCUAUGAAACCAGCCUGUCAUUAUUUCCUCAUAUGUAACCUAGAACUUGAGGGCAGUUUUCCAGCACUAAUUCUUGACAGGCUGCUCCAAGCAGUUUAUGUCUCUGCAGGGAUGUAUACUGGUGACUUAAUGUAGAGUCCGUACUAAUAUUGGUGCUAUCAUUUUUAGCAAGCACCAUUCGUCCUGUCAAGUUUAUUAAAGGUUAUACUUUUUGUUAGACAUCGUAUAUAUACUAGGCGUCCGCUGAUUGGACUACAAUAAACCUAGAUAUAUUUAGAUUCCUUACUUGUGGGGGGCUGUCUUGGUGCCUUUUUUCAUCCUUUAUACGUUCAUAUAUAUUACAAGACUUCUGUAGCCCUAUACAAUCCCAUUUUUUUUUUUAUCUUUUACCCGGGUAUUUUUAUAUUCGGAUAUCUUUCCACUCGAUCACGAUUAUUCACACGUUUGGUGAUGUGUUAGGGGUUUUGGGUGUUUAGUAUUAUUUAUGAAGUCUCAUUUUGUCUUUAAUAAAGGUUCUUACCAUAUUUAUGUUACGUUUAUAUUAGGAGGUAUCUGUGAAUGUGAGUAGGCCCCACCCACUGUUGUGGUGUGGGUUCCUUACCCCAUUCUCUUGUCUAUUUUGUAUAGGUCGAAGUUGCCAAGCUAUAAAAUACUAGCAGUGAAUUAUGUUUCAAUUUGGCAAUUUUUUAAAUGUCAAAUUUACUUUGAAUUCCUAACACUUCACACUUUAUGGGGUUCUUCACAAAAGUGUCAAUUACCAUUAAUCCAAAGUGAAUUUCAUAUCCUAUGUUGAUGUCACUAAACGUAAACAUUUUCAGAUUCAGCUAUUUUGGUGUAUAAUAUGAAAUACACUUUGAAUGUCUGACAGUACACACUUCAGUAAAUUACCCUGUAAGUAUUCAGUUCUGUUUCAGUGUCAUCUUGAAUUAUCAUACUAAAACAGUAUCAUUAGAAUUGAAAUGAGCUUUUUUAUAGUCUUUGCUCCACUGAAGGGUUAAAUGAAAUAUUAGCAUGUUUUAAUGUCAAAUGAUCUAUUCUGCAUGUUUGAUUUUGCUAAUUGUUCUAAUUACAAUGCUUUAUUGUAGCUAUUGGAAGCCAUUAAAGAUUCCAGGCAAGAAGCUGUUCUAUUGGCUAGAAUGAAACAUCCAAAUAUAGUGGCAUUCUUAGAGUCAUUUGAAGGUAUUUGUCUUGCAAUUUAUUUUUAAAUAUUCCAAUAAUUUAAUUAUCACGAGUUGUUUAUAAUGGCUGAAACUUAGUUUGAAAACAGUUAGAGAGAUUUACCAUCACAACCCUUGAAUAUAACCUCUCCAUCUAUUGCUAUCUUUUGUGCCAGAUGAGAAGAAUUAUGUUAUUGAAUAAUGUUAUGGGGAUAAAAUAUCCCCUAAUGACCUUCUUGGUAUUGGUUAAUACGUCUCUAGGGACAGGUCUGCUACAGCUUUCUCACUGUCGUAUAUACUUAGUGAAGCGUCAAUAGGUGGAGUGUGUAAGAGUAUGAAUUUAUAUCCCACCCCCUUCCAUUACCAAGUCUUUCACAAAUAGUGGGCUCCACCAUGAAGCAGUAGCUACUGAUAGGCUCAGAGUGUCUGCUAAUGCACUUGGUCUCUCAGUGGCACCCAUUCCGAGGCUUCCUUUACAAGCCUUCGAUUCAAGCGUGUGUGGAGGGGGCAGAGCUGAACAACGCCAAAAGGCUUUGGGGUUAAACCAUUUGUUAACAGUUUAACCCCUGAAGGUAAGCUGGCGCAAGGGACUAUCUGGCACCAUAACAACUUAAUUUUGAUUUCAGUUAUCAUGGUACCCGGAGUGUUCUUUUACCUGUUUUGUUUUAUGUGCUUAGAAAAUAAUAGUAUAUAGGCUGAAGAGGGAGCUGUUUGGAUCUAAAGGUAGUUGGGCUUAACAGGGGAUAACCCUUAGUAGAAAACAAUGAACUUGCCCAAAUUGUAAACAUAGGAAAAAUAAUAGUUAUAUAUAAAACUUAGCGUUUAAUAAUUGUUAGUUAAAACCAUGUAUGGAAAAACUUGGUCACAAAUGUCACAAAAAAAGAAAAGAGUGUACAUCUGUGAAAAAAAUACACAUUUAAGUGAAAAAGGGUGAGAAAAUACACAUCUAGAAAGAUCAGUGCAGAUAACGAAUAAAAUAAUAUCCUGCUAAAGUAUGGAAUCAAAAUAUCUCAGAGGUGACAAGUGCUGGCCAGGCUUACAGAGAUACUAUUCAUAAAGAUAAGUUGCAGCAAACAUAAAAAGUGUAAUCUUUGGGAACACGAAUCAUUACUGUUGCGAUGCCCUUGUAGUGGGCUACAAUAUAUAAGUUCCAACAGGCGCUAAUGAAAAUCAAGUUUAGAAACAUUCCGAUGCAUGUCAAUGUUGUAAGAUGCAUCGAGUGUACAGAAAGAGAUGGUGGUAGUCAGAAGCAGGAUAAUAUUAAAUCAAAUAUAAUGGCAUGUUAACCACAGGAGGAGCUGCAUGUGUGGAGCAAACACAUAUCUACACGGUGCCUAAGAAAAUAAUAGUGUUUAAGAUCUUUUAGCAGUUAUUAUUUAUUGGAGAGAUCAGUGAUAAGUAAGAGACCAGGAGAGAGAACAAAAAAGGAGGAUAUAGAGGCCAAACCCAGGAACAAGCCAUACCAGCCAUAUAUUCUCUUGGUCAGGAAAGGAGUUUUAUACUAGUUCAGUCACUCUUUGAGGCCAAUAAUAUUUGAUUGCUGUAAUAAACAUUACUGUGAGCAAACAGACAAAGAGCAAUGAUUCCACUGCAGGGAGGAAGGCAAAAGUAAAAUGCCUCCAGUAUCAAGGAUGGCCAGAAUGUCAGCCAACCUUGGGUGGUAGUGCAAGAUCUUUUAAUAUUCUGUGUUUAGCUAAAAUAUGAAUAGAAUCAUUUAUGCAGUAACUGUAUUGUUGUGUGAUAUCUGCUUGCAGUGAACGAACAUCUGUACAUAGUGAUGGAAUAUUGCGACGGCGGGGACUUGAUGGAGACCAUUAAACAUCAGAGAGGAAAACUGCUUCCUGAGCAGAGAGUGAGUGUUAAAGAUACCCAUGCUAUUUGAUUCAUCAGUUAAUUAGAAUUAAUGUUAUGUGCUGUACAGACUUGAAAGUCCACAGAGCUCAGCCUGCUCAAGAAACCAUUAUACACAUAAAAAAAAAUGCCAGAUUUCCAUUUAAUGGAGUUGUUCUUUUUUUUGUUUUCAAUCUGCAUUUCAAAUUGGGAACUGAGUAAUAACAUCUCUUCAUUUGUCACUAGAUCUCAAAAUCUCCCCUCAAAUUCUGUGACAAUUUAGGUACAGGUUAAUACUUGAUAAAUUACCAAAUCCAUUGGAAGAAAUGUAUACUUUGCAGCAGCUGUGGAAUUGCUUCAAAGAUUUAAAAAAAAAAAAAAAAGCAUAUUCUGGGUACAUUUGUGAAUAUAUAUCCAAAGUGCUUUCAGUUAAUACCAUAUACUGGAUUUUCUCAUCAAAUUUGGGUUUAAUAUUGGAAUUCUAUCAUUCUAAUACUCAGUUCAGCACUUAGAAUAUCAGGGCUGUUGACCAUGUUAAAAUUGACAAGAUAUCCUUUAAGCAAUUGUAAAUAAUUGUAUUCAGAUACUGAUGUGUACAGAAGAACCGAACAUAAAGCAUUUUGAUGAAACUAGUAUUUUGUGUGUGCAAAGAUAGCUAAUAGCAUUUAGAGAGGGAUAUAUGCAUUAUGAAACGUGUAAUCUACAGGAUUUCAACCAGUGUGCAGUGUGGCAUGCUGGUGUGAUGCAACCAGUUCAAAGUGUGCAACAAACACAUUGACAGGGCUGUGAUAGGUUGAAUGUAAUCAUAAAGUAUGUGUUUUAUUUUGUUUAGCAUUUCAAUUAUCAACCCCAUUCUAAUUAAAACUAGUAAGUCGGUUUAGCUAGACGAGUGGAAUCCCUGUCUCUACUACUGCUAUAAAUAACCACUGAUGAAGGUUAAAAAAAAAAUAGGUCCAUUAUUGAAGUGUGCCUCGGUCCCGGUAAGGGUGUUAAAUACUGGUAUAGUCCAAAGCAGCUGGAGUACCGUUGGUGCUGAUCCCUUACUUUCACUCAAGUGUAGAAAUGUUACAGAAUCAUUGCUGAUGACCUAAAAUAGGAAGGUGGCUGUUUUGUUCCUCAUAGCUCACUUCAGUAUACAUAUGAGUGAUUUUAGCCGAAAAAAUCCUUUGUCAACCGCAUGUAUGUUUUCUAAAUCUUCUCAUUCGUUGCAUUUUUGUGCAGGUCCUCGAGUGGUUUGUACAAAUGUGCCUGGCAGUGCAGUAUAUUCAUGAAAAGCGCGUGUUGCACAGGGACAUUAAGUCAAAGGUGAGCUACAUUACACUAACUAGUUCACUCUAGAUGACUUUUACAACCAUUGUAUGUAUUGUUUUUCUUUUUCUUUUGCUAAAUCUUAAUCUAUUUUGUUAAUCUGUUACAAAAAUAGCAUUUAGUCCUACCCAGACUUUUUUCAUACCAUCAGAAAUUCAAAUCAUCUUGUGGAAUAUUUAACUUAAUGUUAAAGGGACACUCUAGUAUCAGGAACACAAACCUGUAUUCCUGACACUAUAUUGAUAACUAAUUACUUAAGUACCCAGCCUCCCUUAGAUUGCUCUGAAGAGGUGUUUAAACUCGCCUUUUCUCAAACGCUGUGCCGGUCUUACCUUGGAUGACCUGCCUCCAUGGCUGAAAUCAUCAAUUUCCCAUAGGUAAGCAUUGAGAGGCUGUUGUGCCUGCACAACAAUUAUGCACUGUGCCAAUUAGCAUAUCCUCAUAGAGGUGCAUUUAAUCAAUACAUCUCUAUUGGGAAAGUUCAGAACGUGGAGAUGUUGAAUGCACAUUGUGCAGCCAGUGGCGUACACAUGACCCAUGGGGCCCCGGUGCAAAAAUUGAUCCGUGGGCCCCCCCCGCGCUUAAUCGGCGCGGGUCGGUGCCGCAACACAUGGCGGCGGGCACCUGGUCGCAGGGGUUGCAGGGCUGCAACCCCGCGACCGCGGUAUGCACACACACUUAAAGGACCACUACAGACACCCAGAUCACAUCAGCUCAAUGAAGUGGUCUGGGUGCCAGGUCCCUCUAGUUUUAACCCUGCAGAUGAAAACAUAGCCGUUUCAGAGAAACGGCUAUGUUUCACUGAGGGUUAAUCCAGCCUCUGGUGGCUGUCUCAUUGACAGCUGCUAGAGGAGCUUCCGCGAUUCUCACUGUGAAAAUCACAGUGAGAAGACACUGAACGUCCAUAGGAAAGCAUUGAGUAAUGCUUUCCUAUGGGCGGUUUAAAUGCGCGCGCGCGCCUCUUGCCGCGCAUGUGCAUUCGGAGCUGAGAGGCGGACACUGGGGAGUCCGACGCUGGAGAAAGGUAAAUGCUGAAGACACACACACACACUCUCACGAACAGACGCAUACACACUAGCUAACAGACACACACAUUUACUGACAGAGACACACUCAGCGACAGACAUACAUACACACUCACUUACAAAACAUACACUUUCACUGACAAACACACACUCACUAACAGACAUCAAACACACUCAGUAACAGACACACACAGUAACACACUCACUCAGCAGACACACACACACACACACACACACACACACACACACACACCAACACACACACACACCCAACACACACAUACACCACACACACAUACACCAACACACACACACAGUAACACACACACACACACACAUACACACACACACACAUACACCAACACACACACACCAACACACACACACAGCACACACAGUACACACACAGUAACACACACAUACACCAACACACACACACACACACUAACACACACACACUAACACACACACACUAACACACAUACACUAACACACACAUACACUAACACACACACACACACACACUAACACACACACAUACACUAACACAGUAACACACACAUACACUAACACAUACACACAGUAACACACACAUACACUAACACACAUACACUAACACACACACACACACUAACACACAUACACAUACACUAACACACACACACUAACACACACACUAACACACACACAUACACAUACACUAACACACACACAUACACUAACACACACACACAUUUUUUUUUUAUGUAAUCCCCCCAGCCUCCUUACCUUUUGGGGUGCUGGGGGGAUUCCCUGGGGUCCAGUGGUGCUGCAGGGCGGGUGGCCGGGCGGGCAGGCAGGCGGGCGCGCGAGGGAGCACUCACUGCUUCCUCUUCAGCUCCCUCGCGCGCCGCGUAGGGAUGCCGGCGCCGGAAGAUGACGUCAUCUUCCGUCUCCGGUAUCAGUGCGGUGCGCGAGGGAGCUUAAGAGGAAGCAGUGAGUGCUCCCUCGCGCACCCGCCCGCCCGCCCGGUAUCAGCAGGGCCAGUCUCGGGGGGCCCUGGGGUGGUCGGCUCCUGGGCCCCCCAGGAGUAGAGGCUGGCCCUGUGGCUACAUACCGGGUCGCAGGGGCGGCCGGGCCCCCUGGUGGGCCGGUCGCAGCCGCGACCCCUGCGACCCUGGUAUGUACGCCACUGUGUGCAGCACUGAUCCAGGAAGCACAUCUAAUGGCCGUUUGAGUGACUGCCACUAGAGUUCUUACUAGGCAGUAAUGUAAACACUGCCAUUUUUCUGAAAGGCAGUGUUUACAUUAAAAAGCCUGCAGGUACAGGAUAUAGGCACAAGAACCACUACAUUAAACUGUAGUCGUUCUGGUAAUUAUAGAGUCCCUUUAAUGAUGUCAUGUUAAUAUGUUUAUGUUUAGGAUGAAUCUGAUGUUUAGGUUUAGUAUUUUAUUUUUGACUAAUCUGCUGUCAUCAUAUAUUAAUAUUAUUUUCUUUUCACAUUUACAAGAAUAUUUUUCUGACGCAAAAAGGACAAAUAAAACUUGGAGACUUUGGAUCUGCUCGGCUGCUAACCAGGUAAUCAACAGGAUUUGUGAUCUUAAAUAAUUUAUAAGUUGUUGUUUUUUUGAAGCGGACUAGAACCAUAACUCCUCUAAUGCUUGUGCAUUACUGAAGCUGGAAAGGGUCCAUGUCACGGUGUUGUGGUUUCUGUUCUUUUUGUAUGUUAAUGUUUCUAGAUUUGGUUGAAACGGACACCAAAAGCACUUAUGAAAAAUAUUCUUGGUAAUGCAGAUGUUUGUGAACUAUAUCUCCCUAGAUAAUGCAGCCUUAUCCGUUGCAUUGCAUAUUCUUGUGAACUACAGUUUUUUUUCAUGAUGUCUAGGCAGCGUUUAUGCGGUUAACGCAUUCAUUAUCAAGUAUGCCCUUUUUAUAAUAAAUGUGGAAAGAAAAAAUAAAUAUAUUUAUAUAUUAGAAAAAUAAAUAAAUAUAUAUAUAUACUGUAUUUAUAUUAUAUUAUUUUUUAAUUGAAAUGUGAGAUUCUUAGUUAGAACUUGUUCCAAUAUUAAUAAAAAGUAAAAUUAUGCAAAUUUGAAAAUUUUAUGUUUGCAUUUACUUCUUCACCCUUUACAGAAAUAAAAAAAUGACAGUUUCCUCUUUUCUUUCAAUAUUUCAAACCGGGCCUGGUCUCUUACAAAUACAAGCACAAGAUACCAUUUUAUAUUGGGAGUUGUAACAAAAAUAAAUGAAAAUAGUAACCUGCUUAUGGAUUUUAUUAAGGAGCAUCUUGGACGUAAAAACCCAAGGGCAGAGUACAGAAUAUUUGAUAGAGUUCUAACCUCAACAUAUGAGGAAAGGGAUUUAGGGGUGAUUAUUUCUGAUGACUUAAAGGUAGGCAGACAAUGUAAUAGAGCAGCAGGAAAUGCUAGCAGAAUGCUUAGUUGUAUAGGGAGAGGUAUUAGCAGUAGAAAGAGGGAAGUGCUCAUGCCAUUGUACAGAACACUGGUGAGACCUCACUUGGAGUAUUGUACACAGUAUUGGAGACCGUAUCUUCAGAAGGAUAUUGAUACCUUAGAGAGGGUUCAGAGAAGGGCUACUAAACUGGUUCAUGGAUUGCGGGAUAAAACUUACCAGGAAAGGUUAAAGGAUCUUAACAUGUAUAGCUUGGAGGAAAGACGAGACAGGGGAUAUGAUAGAAACAUUUAAAUAUAUAAAGGGAAUCAACACAGUAAAGGAGGAGACUAUAUUUAAAAGAAGAAAAACUACCACAACAAGAGGACAUAGUCUUAAAUUAGAGGGACAAAAGGUUUAAAAAUAAUAUCAGGAAGUAUUACUUUACUGAGAGGGUAGUGGAUGCAUGGAAUAGCCUUCCAGCUGAAGUGGUAGAGGUUAACACAGUAAAGGAGUUUAAGCAUGCAUGGGAUAGGCAUAAGGCUAUCCUAACUAUAAGAUAAGGCUAGGGACUAAUGAAAGUUUUUAGAAAAUUGGGCAGACUAGAUGGGCCGAGUGGUUCUUAUCUGCCGUCACAUUCUAUGUUUCUAUGUUUCUAUGAGCCCAAUGCCAUUUUUAGCAAUGCAGCAUCACAAAAAUGCUAACAGAGUGUACAAAUAAUGACUCUGUGUGUGCAUAUUGCUGUACACAGUAUUACAGUUACACUAAUCCGUGCUAAGAAGUUUCCAAGCUGCUUUAAGAAAUAAUCCAUAUUGUUUACUAAUUAUCAAUGAGCCGUCCCUCCUUUUCCUAAAAUGCUGGAAUAUGUUUUAAUUCCAAUUUGUGUAGUGGAGUGGGGGAAAGGGCCCUGCCAUUUCCAGUUCUCUGGCAAGCAAUAAAGAGGCUUAGUUUUUUGCUGAAGAAUUGUCUUCCAGGGAUAGGCAACAUUUGGCACUCCAGAUGUUGUGGACUACAUCCCCCAUAAUGCUCUUACACCCAUAAUGCUGGCAGAGCAUCAUGGCAGGUGUAGUCCAAAACAUCUGGAGUGCCGAAGGUUGCCUAUGCCAAUAUGAAUAUUAGUUCUUGAUCAAAAAGGACGGCAAGUGAGAUUUUAUGCUCCACAUAUUUUACUUUUCUACCAAAUGAAAGUAUUAAUAUGUGUGCACAUUCUUUUGUAGUAAAGAGGUUACAACAUAUCUGAGCGUCUUAUAAUAAAAAUAUAUUUGCAACAAUCUGGAACAAAAUGAAUAUCUGCAAAUUAAACUGAAUUGUAGUAAAAUUAACUAAAAACUGCUAAAUAUAGGUUAAAAGGCUGUGGCUGCUGGAAUUCUGGAUUUCAGCUCUCUGCAAAUCAAUUUUUAAAGAACAAACCUCAUUGCCUAUUAAAGCAUUGUAUUCCUUGUAACGCUUCAUAUACUGUUACCGAACUUUGCCUGUGAUAGCAAAUUGAUUACCUUGUAAUAUAUCAUUCUUGUGUUUUGGUUUUCUAGUCCACUCGCAUAUGCAUGUACAUAUGUUGGCACCCCUUAUUAUGUACCUCCUGAAAUCUGGGAGAAUAUGCCAUAUAAUAACAAAAGGUCAGUAUUUAAUGAAUGAUUAGGAAUAACCUCCACCAUGUACAUGUUUUUCUAUCAUGAAAGGGAAUAAAUACUUGUUCUGGGUCCGUGGUAAAUGCAAUGGCUUAAUGAACUAAGCAGACAUCUGGAUGAUAACUUCUGCUCCUUUGCCUAUGUCUGGUGCCCGAGAAGAGGGUUUGCAAAAAAACCUAACUUCCUGCUCUUUUGCCAUUCUCAAGAAAACCACCACUUACUCUUCAAGUAAAAUAAUUGAUUACGGAGUGCCUGUUUUAGAUUCCUAAAUAAUUAAUCAAAGGGACACAACUGCAAAAUAUAUAUAUUUUUUUAAAUUACAAUUUAAUACAUGAAAACAUGAAUCCGUUUAAUUAUGCAUCUUUCUAUUGGGGUAUAUUUGCAGGUCUUUGUAACCAUCCCAUUCUAAUCCAGUCCAGUCCAAAUAGCCAGAAAGUAUCAGAACUGGUUGUCUGAUUGACAGCCAAUGGGAUGUACUAAGGUUAAUUUAUAAAGGCGCCAAUUUCUAUUAAAAUCUGCACAAUUUAUAUAAUGACACAAGUGGGACACACUUCACACAUACGUACGUAUGCAAACUAAAGUGCUUUAAAUGUUUGGAGUUUUCCUUUAAUCCUGAUCCACAAUUUAUCCUAUUAUGCAUUUAAAAAGCAAACUUGUCAGUUCCUACCUUCUCCCCCAUAUGUUGUUCCCAGCCAAAGGCAGUGCUACAUUGUAUCGCCAUUGAGUUACAUUUUUUCUUGGUAUUUCAGUGAUGUCUGGUCAUUGGGAUGUGUCCUAUAUGAGAUCUGCACUCUCAAACACCCAGUAAGUAAAGAUUUUGGAAUUUACAGAAGAAGGUUUUGCAGCGUUUAAUAUGACAUGAGUUGGGUUUGAAUGGCAUGCUUUUUUUUGCUGGUGAAUAGCAAACCAAAUCCCAAAACUGGGGCUAUAUUAGCAAUUGGUCUAAAUUUUUCAUUUUGGUUGUCAAAUUACCGCAAGUCACUAGUUAGUGAAUACAUCCCUUUAUCUUAUUGAUCUAUUGCAACUUGAUAACAGAAGGAAGAAGCGGAAGAAAAUUACAAGGAAAACAUUAGUAUAAGAUCAGGUGAGCCGUUGUCAUUAAUCACCAGUGAGGACUGGAUUGGCAUCAUUUAGUUAAAAGCACUGAAUUAGUACCGGAUUUGUGACUUGCAUAUUGAAUGUAAACAAAUUUGAUUGGAAUUCCGUGAUUUCCAUUGAAUCGUGGCAUCUCAUUCUGAAAAAUCCAGUGUCCGGAUCCAAAAAUGGAUUGAAAAAUGCAAUCCCUAUACAAAGUACCAGGUUCACAUAUUUAAUUAACUCUAGAUUUUUUACCUGAUCUGUCUCUGUAGAAAGGCAGAGCCACAAAAUAGAUACAUCUGGUUCUAUAGAAAUCUGUACUAUUUUCCUGUGUUGGUUGGCCAGCAAUUUCAAGCCCACUAUUGCUGUUAAACUAAGCAAAAUAUACAGGGUUCACAAUGAUAUACAUGUUUUCUAAUUUAGUCCUCUACAUAAAAAUAACGGUUGAGCAGCCAUUGUUCGUUGUCAUACAAAGCUUUGAUUAAACGCGUGAUGAUGUGGAAUUGCCUGAUCAAUAUCUUAAUAAUGUACCCACUGCGUCCGUUAUGUGUAAGCACAUAUAUUUAUACAUAUCUCGUCCGUUCCCCUCAAAGUUUCAGGCAUCCAGCUGGAAAAAUCUAAUCCUUAAAAUCUGCCAAGGAUCGUACAGCCCGCUGCCGGCUCAGUUCUCCUACGAAUUGCGCAGUCUGAUCAAACAGAUGUUUCGGAAAGAUCCUCAGCACCGACCUUCAGUGAAGACUAUUCUUACCAGAAGAUCUUUAUUAAAAUUAAUCACAGCAUGUAAAUCCACAGAGGUAAGCUUUACUACACACCCAAAAUGGUAAAAAGAAAUAAUGGUAAUGCAUACAUUUUCACAAAUAAAUUGAAUGAUCAAAAGUAUUAUUUGCUUGUUUGUUUAUUUUUACAAUUAUUCUCCAAAGUUCUUUCACUCUUGUUCUUUACUGCUAGCCUGUAUUAUUGAACUGUGUUUGUCUGUCUUCCUGCCCCUUGUCUCUUUAUGCUCUAUCUACUUGUCUUUAAACUGUCUGCUGUCUAUCUGCCAUUGUCUAACUGUACUCUGUCUAAAUAUGCUUACCUGCCUGUACUCUGUCUAAAAAAAUGCUUGAUUUGUAUCUACUCUGUUCCUUGAAUCUUAGAUGCUUCCCACAACAUUACGUUGUUUACUGUUGAGAGGCCAGAUCUAGUUAGAAUUCACUGAAACUGAAGUGCAGCUUACACAAUUAAUAGAAAAUGUCACGUGUCAGGUUACUUACACCUGUGUUACAUGCAACCAAAUUCACUUCCAAUGUUGCUCAUUUGCUAAACGUUUUAUAGUAGUUAAAGGACCACUACAGGCACCCAGACCACUUCAGCUUAAUGAGGUGGUCUGGGUGCCUGGUCCAUCUAGGGUUAACCCUUUUUUCUAUAAACAUAGCAGUUUCAGAAAAACUGCUGUGUUUAUGUUAGGGUUAAUCCAGCCUCUAGUGGCUGUCUCAUUGACAGCCGCUAGAGGGCUUCCGCGUUUCUCACUGUGAAAAUCACAGUGAGAAGACGCCAGCGUCCAUAGGAAAGCAUUGAUAAUUCUUUCCUAUGAGACCGGCUGAAUGCACGCGCAGCUCCUGCCACGCAUGCGCAUUCAGCCAAAGAGGAGGAGAAGAGGGAGGAGACGAGGAGGAGAGCUCCCCGCCCGGCGCUGGAGAAAGAGGUAAGAUUUAACCCCUUCCUCUUCAUCCAGCCCGGCGGGUGGGGGCACCCUCAGGGCACUAUAGUGCCAGGAAAAUGAGUAUGGUUUCCUGGCACUAUAGUGGUCCUUUAACCCCUUAAGGACCAAUCUUCUGGAAUAAAAGGGAAUCAUGACGUGUCACACAUGUCAUGCGUCCUUAAGGGGUAAAACUGUUUUAUCAAUUUAGGGCUAAUUAAGAGCCAAGGAUUAAGAGUUUUUCUUAUUCGAGUCUCAAGUGACACAAAAAUAAUCUAGAAGUAGGAGCUGCAUUUGUCAACAAAUUGAUAAAAUAUGAUAUAACAGUAAGCAAUAAUACAUACGUAAACACUGCACUAAACAAAAUUCUGCAUAGUUAAAUCUGGGAUGUGUAAUUGUAUUUUGCUCUUUAAAGCCUGCAGAAAACCCGUCAGUACUGCAGCAAGCUAGUGAAAAGCCACUGUCUCAAGAAACUCCUUCUAAUCUUGAAGAUGGUAAGUAAUAAUGAACGUAUAGUCGGUACCAAGUAAACUAUCUAAUAAUAUAUCCAAGCACCAGACCAGCUCAAAAUGCUGGAGAAAUCAUGGAGGGUCUCGUUACCCAUAUUUGGUGGCAUUAUACAUGCAUAUUGCCCCUUUGGGACUACACGUUCCAAUAGAUAGACAAGCUAACAGGACUGAUGCUCCCACCAACAUCAGACAUGUCCAUACUCUGGAUAUUUCCUUAGUCAAUAAUCCUGUGUGUUCAGAAAGUGUGUUGUGUACACAUGACAUCAUGACUAUUAAAAUCCUUUUGGCAUGUCAAUGGAAAAAUGGAUCAGUGCCUAGUAAGGCCCAAAUUCAUGACCUACUCAACCAAACAGAUGGAACAUGCUUGAAUCUCACCUAGUAGUACAUUAGCCAAUAAAAAAAAUUGGAGCCCAGACAUUGAACAAUGGAAAAAUAUCCUCUUAAGCUGACAUAUUAAAACUGCGGUCUUAACACAGACUGUAGGCAUACUUGAUGAUGUGUAUCACUGACUGUGUAUCUAUUUAUACAGUUAUGAUACGAGAGAAAGCAUUUGUUUGUUUUGUGAAAACUAUAAUUUACAGUAAAAAUUAUUAUUAUUGGGAAAUAAAAUAAUGACCAUAUGUAUGUUUAUCCUAAGAGCAGCACCAACCCAUCUAUUGCACUUUCUGUCUCUCAUACCAGCUCAUACUGAUAUGUGCUGAAAUGGACGGACUCCUGAGAGCUAGCUAUAGCAAGUACCAGCUGUGUGAUGGGUGCACCAGUCUUCACUGAGACUGGUCACUCUUUGCAUUUGCAAUGUUUGAACUGCAUAUUCCAUAAACCCAUAUGGUGCUGUAUUUUAUAAAAAUAUGCAAAACUCUCCUUGAAAAUAGUGGGUGCAUCAGAAUUGGCUGAACUAAUUCUUAGCUUGUGGGCUUACUGCACCCUUAGAAGCUCUGGCAUGUCUAUCCAACCACUUCUCUCCAAGCAGUCAGACACAGAAGAAUGUUCCCUUGAAAACCGCAUUAACUGUUUUUUGUAGUGUGCAUUUUUAAACGUUAUUUUUACUUUUUUUUUUUCUCAUCUGUUUCUGUACUUUUCAUAAAUGCUACUGAGAGGGAACAUGGAGUAUUCCUCAAAAUGGAACUUUGCAAGCUAUAUGCAGCUUUUUUAGCUUCGCUCACUGUGUAAUUUGAUAGCAGUCACAGUAUGACCACUAUCCAAUUCUAAAGUUGUUCUGCAUUUCCUGUGUGAUGAUUGGAACUGCUCUUUGGGGAUAACUACUUCUCCUAUAAAUGCCUGCUGAACUGGGGUUUAUGGUAAAUGAAACGUCCACAGGGAUAAGAAUGAGACUCUCCAGACAGUCAUCUUUAACUGAUGUAGAAGUGUCUGGCAGACGCACUGAACAGUAAUAUUCCUGGGAACUUUGAAGGCAUGUAUCUUAUUUAUUAGCAUAUUUAUUUUUUGCAUUAUUUCUAAUGCAUUAUCUUCACAGUGCAUUAAAAACGGUGCCGGUUUUACCCCAUAAUUUCUCUUCAAAUACCAAGCUGUAAAUAGCUGGAAACAAAUACAAUGACCUACAACUCAGAAAUGUUCAGGUGGCAACUUUCAAACUGUUCAGUAAAUCUACUUCGUUAUGAAAUCCAUGUCCAACACAAGUGUGUUGUUGCAUCGUGCAUGUUUGUAAAGAAACAAGUAGAUGGAAAAUUGUUUUUCUUUUUGGAGAAUGCAGUUUCUGCAACUUAUUUUUUAUGGUCCCUUGCAGCAAAAGAUCCCACGUCUGUAGAAGAGAGGAGGCGGCAGUGGGAAAAGGAGCCGUCAAACACUGUUCUAGCCAUGCUGGAAAAGGCUUCGAUUCUCACCUCCAGUGUAACAUCUAGAAGCAGUGAAGGUGAGUGAGAACAAAUAGGAAGUGCAACAAAUAGGAGUAGCCUACUUAUAGUUUACUAGAGAGGUCAAAAUCUAGUGAUCUGGCCACGGGGGCAGGAGAUGUGUGCCCUGGCAGUUUAGAUCUCUUAUCCACUGUUCUCAAAUCAAAUUAAAAGUGUAUGACAUUAAAUACCAGAACCAACCAAUUCAUCAUACCAUGAAGCUGCCAAUGGAAAUUAUCUGUGCUGACAGAUCUCUUUCUACCCCGGCUAACUCACAGCUAAAUCUCCAUAGAAUUAUGUGAUUGUCAUUGGCUUUUGGGGAAGCCCAUAAUUAUUAAUAUGGCCACUCUCUUGUGAAAUAGUCUUUCGUAGUCAAUGUAUGUUUUAUUUUUUGUAAACUCAUUGCAGUCGCUGUUUUCUCUCGCAUACAGGGGGUCACAUUUUUAAAUACAAUCGGAAUGAGAAAAGGAAAAAAUGGAAAAAGGAAUCUCCUGAGAAAUUGCUUAAUAUCCUGAAAAAUGCUGAUCUCAGCCUGGCGUUUAAAACAUACACCAUAUACAAAGCAAGUAGGUAUACUGAACCCCUCGUAAACAUACAGCAUAUCAUUCAGCCACUUUCUAUAACAAUGCAUAAUUUAGCCUAAUGUCAAAAUUUUGCUACAGGCUUGCCUCCUAAGUUCGUUGAAGUGUACUGUUACAGGUACAUUCAAGGUUGACCUCUUUUUGUUUGUUUUUUUAUGCUUUCUUUAAUUUGUAGUACACCGGUUUUUGUAACAAAUCAACUCCGAUUUGUUACCAAAACCGGUGUUCUACUAUUUAAAGAUGGUUACUCACCUCUGAAUCUGUAGAUUCGGACCAAGAAGUAGAUUAUAUGAAACUGUUCUGCAAGCUAAACACAAAAGCAGUAUAGAAGUAAAAAUUUGGGCAAGAUUUUGCAAGAUCCCCUAUAUCUCCACUGAGCAAGGAGUAAGGGGUCUUAUAACUGUAGGGAUUUGUGCACUUGUGUGGAUGGAUCAGAUUAAAGGGAGAAAAGAGACAAUAAGCUUUAAUUGUCUAGUAUUUCAAAUGUUUAGAGUACAAAAGGCUAAAGGAGUGUUAUUAUUUGGAAAAAAAAUACAUUCCAUUGCAGCUGGAAUUCUGACUUUGGUGUGUCAAAUGGCUCAAUUUUAAAAAGUUUGAUAUAAACCCCAGUGUAUUUUACUUCCACUAGAAUCUUCUGAACACCACCUUAAAGGGCCACUUUCCAAUAAUGCCACAGCCUCAGAUGCUACAGAUGGCAGCGAAGAAGAGGUUUUUGUUGAUCCAGAGAGAUUUGAACCUAGAUCUGAUGAUGAUGACACGUAAGUUGGUGAUCAACCCAAUUCUCUAGCUAUUGUUGUCUGACUCAAGCAAUCACCUUUGCUUGUUGUUGAAAGCUUUGAGAAUGGAGUUUGGCAACAACUUCUCUGCUGCAAUCUAUUGUGAUGGAGCAACAACUGAUUUUAUUGUAUUUUCUGAUACUUGUGCCAUCUUCUACUCACAUUUGUUUUAUCCCAACACAACACAUGAUUUUCCAUCACAAACAAAAGUUGACUCAUGGAACAUUGUAUUAUACUAUCAAACCUUUUUUUAACUCAUUAUGUUCACAUUAAAGUCCAAUAAAUUAAAGGAUCACUAUAGUGUCAGGAACAUAAACAUGUAUUCCUGACCCUUUAGUGUUAAAACCACCAUCUAGCCCCUCUGGGCCUCUCAUGCCUCCAUAAAUAUAGUAAACAUCUUACUAUAUUCAAGCCUGAAGCUGUAAAUCUACAUGCUGUUAGACUUAGAAAAACAAGCAGUCUGCUGACAUCAUCAGAAGUGGUAGCCUGAUCCAAUCACAGUGCUUCCCCAUAGGAUUGGCUGAGACUGACAAAGAGGCAGAUCAGGGGCAGAGCCAGCAUGAUUCAAACACAGCCUUGGCUAAUCAGCAUCUUCUCACAGAGAGGAAUUGAAUCAAUGCAUCUCUAUGAGGAACGUUCAGUGUCUGCAUGCAGAGGGAGGAGAUACUGAAGGUUUGGAAUGCAUUUUAGGCAGCCAUGACCCAGGAAGGAUCUCUAACAGCUAUGUGAGUAGUGGCCAGUGAAGUUAUCACUAGGCUGUAAUGUAAACCCUGCAUUUUCUCUGAAAAGACAGUGUUUACAUCAGAAAGCCUGAAAGUAAUGAUUCUACUCACCAGAACAAAUUCAAUAAGCUGUUCUGGUGACUAUAGUGUCCCUUUAAUUCAAAAGAAUAAAAGAGAACUGUGAUCUGUAAGCUAUGGUCAAAGUCAAGAUGGGGAAUUUAAAAAGAGGGAAGGGGUUAUUCAUAUUAUUAAUAUUUAUUGCUAUGUAUGGUGCAAAUACCUCUGAUCAUUGAAAUAGUAAAUCAUCCAUUUUAAGAGACAAUGUAAAGAAUGCAUUUGCAGUUAAACAUUUUUGCAUUGUGUAGCGUUAUUUAGAAUAUUUGUGUUCUAUUAGAUAACAUUCUUUAUUCUCUACUUUUUUUGCAGAGACUUUGAGGAAGAUGAUGUUGAUCCUAACUGGGUGUCAGAGCUGGAAAAUGUGUUUCAAGAAAAAUCAGAACUCCUAUGUAAUGAUUUAUGAAGACCCCAAAUAUCUCAAAACUUCUACAUUGUAUUGGGACCCCAAAAAAAUCAAAUACGCUCUAAUACUUUACAGGGCUAACUCAAAUACUUCUACAAUCUAUUGACACUAUGAAUAUUACAAUAGUGUACUGGUGUGCAGGAAACAAGUAUAUUUCAACACUUCAAUGAUGUACAGGGACCUAAAUAAUCCCACCAAUACAAUGAUGUACAUGGACCUAAAAUAUCUCAAAACUCUAAUAUGGUACACGGACCCAAAAUACCAAACCUUUAAUGUUAAGGGAACUAAAAGAUAGCAGCACUACAAUGGUGUACAGGGAUUUAACAUAAUUUCAAAACUCUAAUGAUGUACAGGUGCCUAAAAUAUCCCACCAAUACAAUGAUGUUCAAGGACCUUAAAUACCAGCCAAUUCAUAUACAGGGCAAGACAACAACACUACAAUUAUGUACAGAGGUCAAGAUUAUGACAACACUGGUGUACAGGGACUUUAAAUGUCCCAACACUAUAUAGAUGUAUAUCAGCCUAUAGAUCAAACAGCUGGCAUAUUGUAAACCCAUGUACUUUGACCAAUGUACAUGGGUUUACAAUAUGCCAGCUGUUUGAUCUAUAGAAACCUAGCAUAUUCCAACACUACAAAGAAUCCAGAACAUUAAUCUAUAGGGACUUGAAAUGUGUUUGUAUGAUGUUCAGUGAUCUUUCAAAAAGAUGAGAAUAUCCCUAUAACCCCAAGAUGAAUAAGUAAACAUAAUAUUACUAUACGGUAUUAUAUGUACAGAGAAACAAGGGGACAAUUCAUGCUUUAGUGAAUAAACUUGAGAGUGUCCCAAUAUUGUAUAGGGAUCCAGGAUAUCCCAAUAUUCCACUGAUGUAAAGGGACUGGGCAUAUCUAAAUACACUCCACUGAUGUUUUUGGAUCCAGAAUAAACCAGCAUUCCACUUUUUAUGGACCUAGGUCACCGUUGCCCAGUAGUUAGUCUGUGUUACCCAUGAUUCUUUGCUGGGCUUAAUAUUUUAAGGCAGAGGAAAUAAAAAAUAUGGUGCUAUCUUUACAGCAAGAGAUUGGGUUUAAACAGCUUUGGAGGUAACAGUAAAGAAAUGUCAAUUUAAAAUUCUGAGUACCAAAAAUAAAGUGCAUUGUUAGUGGUAAGUUAUAUAAAAAGCAGUUGCAGAGGUUAGAAAAGGGGUGUUCAAUAUUUGUAUUGCAAUGUAAAUUGAUUUUUGCAGACUUGUGUUCGCAGAAAGUUUUACAGAUUUACAGAAAACGUUACAGGUUUACAGAAACACACUCUCAGAAAUAUUUAUAUAUUUUUUUAUUUACAGGUAACAUUCAUCAUGUUUGUAAGCAUCACAAAUUCUUAUGUUAACUGGAACAUGUAAAUUUAUUAAAAAUGUGUAAAUAUGUUAUAUUGCUAGUAUGUUUUACUAUGGACUGUAGUGAUUAUGGUGCUUGGAUUGUUCCUUUAAAUUAUUAAAAAGAAGAGGCG